CCCGGGAAGAAAGGGAAACAGUGGAAGGGGAUGAAUGGACUUGCUUGGGUAUCUGCAUGUAGCAGGGCAAGUUAGCUAGAAGGGCCCAUGUCACAGGAUGUCUGACCCUUUCAGUGACAAUGGGGCCAGCUCCACCUAUGCUGUAAUUAAUGGUCCCUGCCUGAGCGGGCAGGACAAAUGGGGGCAGGGGUUAAGACGGCAACCACCCGGGCCUCAGAAGAAAAAGGCCUAAAAGAGCAGAGGCAGGAGCUGGGCCCGCAGAGGAGCGGAGUCGGAGCAGUGGCUGGUUCUGCAGGAGGGGCAGGCGGCUAAACUGCAGCCCCCGAAGGGGGAACCGAGGCUCAGGCCUGGGGAGGGGGCACGAGCGGAGCCCCGGGCUCUGCAGAGGCUCCCGAGUCCCCGCUGAGUCCGAGCCCGAGCCCGCGGGGCGGGGAGAUGCUGGGUUUGGGCUCCCUCCUCCCUGCUGCGGCUCCUGCAGGGCAGCGGCUGCUUGAGAGGGGCAGCCCCAGCCCGCCUCCCUGCUGCCCCGGCCGCUCGGCUCUGCUCCCGGCACCCGCAGAGGAGGCGGGCCCGGUAGGCUGCGGCGGCUCCUUUCGGUUUCGAUUCCGGAGCCGAUCCGGGGGCGGAACGUGGCGGCUGCUGGGGGCCGGGGGAAGCCGCUGCAAGGAAACGAAACCGGGACCGAGCCGGCUGACUGCGGAGCCGGAGCAGGGAGCCGCUGUCGCUGUCCCGCCGCCCUCCGAGCGCCGUCCCCAGCCAGGCGGUUGUGCCGAAAUGGCAGAACAUUAUGUUAAGCCACAGUUGUACAAGGGAAAACUAAAUGAAUAUUGUCAAAAGAAUAAAUUACAACUUGAGUAUAAGGAUGUCAAAGUGGAAGGCCCUCCUCAUGAUCAUGUGUUCACUGUCAUGGUUGUAAUAGGUGACAGAGAGUAUCCUGUAGCUACAGGUAAAAAAAAGAAAGAGGCAAAAGAAGAGGCCGCAAAGGCAGCAUGGGAUAGCAUAGCACAGGAAAAUCAAACUAAACGGGCUUCACUCCCACAAACUCCACCGCCGCAACCAUCGCCGCAACCAUCGCCGCCGCCACCACCAUCAUUGCCAAUAGCGUUUUCAUCAUUGGAAGAGAUACAGCCACUUGACUAUAUCUCCAUGCUUACCAAAUAUGGACUAAAACAUAACAUAAUGAUUGACUAUAAAUUAGCAGAUGAAUCUGGACCAGCCCAUAAAAAAACAUUUUCUUUUAGCUGUAAAAUUGGUGAUAAGAUUUAUGGUGAAGGCACUGGAAAUGAUAAAAAAGCUGCAAAACAGGCUGCUGCAAAACGUGCAUAUGAGCAGUUAAGAUCUCAAGAAACGUCAAGGGCAGGGAGACACGCAGCUGUUGCCAGUUCUGCAGAUCGUCUACUUAGUAAUUCUAGUGGAAUGUCAAGCUGGUCAUCUGCAAAUGGUACUGAUUCUGCAUCUAAAAAUAUGAAUUCAGAUGGGAGCUUGGUAAAUAAAAUGAAUGACCUGAAAGUAGGUGAAGAUUGUUCAUCUUCUUGGGCAACUCCCAAAAAUGCUGCCAUGAAACCAAAGAGAAGAGAGAUCGCAACUAAAUUGGCACCCUCAUUCUCGGGUCAGCAGGUCAAGGAAGAGAAAAAAGAAAAUAAGUACACUAAGGAUGAAAGACUUAUCAAGGAUUUUGAAGAGAUAGAGCCAAUUGGCAGCGGUGGAUUUGGGAAUGUUUUCAAAGCAAAACAAAUUAUUGAUAAGAAGAACUAUGCUGUCAAACGAGUCAAGUGUAGCAAUAAAGUACAGCGUGAGGUACAAGCACUAGCAGAUCUUGAGCAUGAAAACAUCAUACGGUAUUACACCUCUUGGACUGGGAAAGACUAUCUCAAUUUUGAGGACAGUUCAAGCCUUUCAAGCCCGAGGCCAGAUUUGCUAUGUGAUUGCCUUUUUAUCCAAAUGGAAUUCUGUGAGAAAGGAACACUGGAGGGCUGGAUUAAUGAUAGGAGAGGGAAGGAAAAUUACCAGACUGAGUCUCUCAUCAAAUUUAGACAAAUAGUGACAGGAGUGGAAUAUAUUCAUUCUAAAGGGUUUAUUCACAGAGACCUCAAGCCCCUCAACAUAUUCAUAUCUAGUGAAGAUAAAAUAAAAAUAGGUGACUUUGGACUUGUAACUUCAAUGAUAGAUGACCUUCGGACAACAGAAAAAGGAACAAGAUCAUAUAUGAGCCCAGAACAGGCUGGAGACAAAUAUGGACAGGAAGUGGAUAUAUUUGCACUAGGAUUAAUUCUCUUUGAAAUUCUUUGGAUAUUUUCCACUGACACUGAAAAAUUUAAGGAGUGGCCCAAAAUAAGAGAAUGUGUACUUCCAGAGGAGUUCAGCAAGAACUUUCCAUUAGAGAAAUACAUAAUUGAGCAAUUGCUCUCAAAAGACAUUGCAAAGAGACCUUCAGCAUCUGAUGUAUUGAAGCUUUUGAAGCUUGUUGCUAAAAAGAACCCAAAGAACGCACAUACAUGUUAGGCACCCUGUCUCUAAAGGAACAACAUAAGCUGUGUUUCGGUCCAGAAUUUGAUACCUCCCCCUUAAAAUUGCUGAAAUGUAACAAAUGUAUUUGGAAUCUUAGGUUCAAUCCUAUUGUCCUUUACAAAACCAGGCUUUACAUGGGGAUCUCUGCAGGGAUUGGGGGAAUGAAAGCCUCUUCUUGUGAUCCAGAGCAUCAGUAUAAAUUUCUGCUUACAUCCCAUAGUCUGAAGCCUUGUGCCCCUGUCCUUUCUCACCUGUGGGCAGGUGGUGGGUGUCGUGUUUUAUAGGUGGCUCAGCAAUCAUGGACCCAUAGUUAUUUUCAUCCACUGCUGUGGAGGGAACCACCAUGGUACUUCCCGGGGUGGAGAGGUCUGUCUACAGUCUGCCCCUGCUGUACAACAGAACGUCAGCCGGUCCGGUGCAGAGGGCCUCUUAUUUCCAUAAGUAUGAAGAAGGCAGGUUUUGACCUUUUAUACUUAGGUUUGCUGCUGCCUGCUGUUUUAAAUCUUUUGCCUCUCCCAGCAAUAACCAUUUAUUUUUAUGUCACCUAGAAAUAUUGUGGGUAUUUUACAGUAGGAAAUUUUAGGAAAAAUUGCCACUUCUGGCUGUAUGGGUGGAAGUGCUA